AUGGAAGGGAAGAGAGAUGUGAAUUCAUCAUCUAUUAUUGACCUAAAAGCAGAAUUGUUUAGAAAACAGGAGGAAUUCAAAAAGCAGCAACUACAGAAUAAAAAUGCCUCAACCAUCAAGGGAAAGUCUGUGGAAAAAAAAGCAUCAGUAUGGAGCAAAAAGAACAAAGGAGUGUUAGAAAGAAGUAGCAAAGAUUUAGAAGAGAAAAUAGAAGAGGCAAAUCAGUAUGAGAGGUCAAGAAAAUGUUUAGAAGCCAAGGCGAAGUUGUAUGAGAAGAUAACCCAGGGAAAUGACAUUCCAGAGGAAGAUGGGAGUCAGGUUUACUUGGUGGACUUCCAGAAAAAAGCCAUAGACAAGAUUGUGGAAGACAGAGACAAGAGGAGGAAGGAAGAGGAGGAGGAGAGAGAGCGACAAGAGGAAGAACUUUUGAAACACGCUGUAGUUCCUCCACCAGCCAAUGAAGAGGAGGAGUGGGUAGAUUAUGUGGAUGGAUUUGGAAGAUCCCGUCGAUGCAUGAAGAAAGAUCUCCCAGAACUGAUGCAGCAAGACAAGAACAUUCUUAAAAACAACAGUGUGAAGGUUGACAAUAGAACAGCUGAGAUGGUGUCUAAUGAUAUGUACAAAGAAAUGCUUCGGCAGAAAUGGGAAGAAGAAGAGUUAGCAGCGAUGAAUCAGCCCAUCCACUACUCCAAUGUCCAGUAUGAUGAAAUCAGAAGCCAUGGUGUAGGGUUUUAUCAGUUUGCCAAAGAUGAGGAAUCAAGAAAAGAACAACUGGACACACUAAAUGAUAUGAGGGAAAAGACAAAAGAUGAGAGGGAUCGUAAAGAAAAAGUCAAGGAGAAAAGAAAAGCCAUCAUGGAGGCCAGACUUGCCAAGGUCAAACAGAGGAAGAUGAAAAGAGAAGGGAUUACAGAGCUCCCUGGAGAAAAAGAAAAUGAUGAAGAUGACAUAGGACCCAAGCUCAGUGAAGCUGCACAAGAAGACAAAGAAGAGGAGAGAGAACCAGUAAAGAAGGAACCAGAACUCCUAACCAGGGACGAAAAUAUCAGAGGCACCGGCACCCAGAGGGAAUGGGAUAAAGGCAAGGAAAAACUGUUCCCUAUGUCAAGUGAACAAAGAUACUUUGAAGACAGAAGAAAUGAAAGAAUUGCUGAAUUUGCACCCCCAUCAAUGUAUGACGAUAGUGAUAGUUCUAUUGGAAAUAGGCUCAAAACAGACAGUGUGGUGUCAGGCCCUGGAAAUUCAAAGACAAAAAUAACUGAAAAACAGAUUGUAGACUUUUUGUCCCAAGAAAAACUGAAUUCUCAACAAAAUUGGAGUUUGAACUCAGAAGCUGUGUCUCCUAACAGUACAAGAUCAAUGAAAACCACAGAAGACAGGUCACAGCCACCUGAACAAGUGCAAGAUAUACCCCUUCCACAGAGUAACCCAAGCUUAAAUCUGCCAAAUGUGAGCACUAAUAGAGAACAGACACACAAUUUACAUCAAAAUAUUCCCUUUUACCCACCCCCACAGUUUGCUCCACAACAAGGGACAUUUAUGGUUCCAACUAAUCUUCCACCCCCAGGGUACAUGUAUGUUCAGCCAGGAGUACCCCAGCAGUGGCCCCAGCCCCCUCAGAGUGCAGGGUAUUACCCAUCUGUUACAUCUGUACAUUAUCCUAGCACAACGUCUUCUGUCCCCCAGCAAAAUCACAGUACUGAUAUAACUGGAAGUCAAACAAUGGUUAAAGGUGAUACUUCAGUGAAUUUUGACAUCUCUACACAGCAGGUAACAAAACCUGUUAGGUAUAAUAUUGUUGAUCCACGUUUGAUUCAAAAUGAAGAAGUUUUGGAAUCCACCCCACAAAAUUUUACACCAAUGUUAGAGAAAAGUGAAGAGCACAAGGAAUAAAGACACAAACGCCAAAUGUGAUAUUCUGGUUUUAAUGCUGUUAUGCUUAUUGUUAUAUGCUAUUUACAUAAAAUAAAUAUAUUGAAGUUUCUUGUG